AUGAGCGAUGAGCAACACGAUCAAUUUUGUAAAUAUAUGCGAAUUUUUUCGGGGAGAUUGGUGCAGUCACUGGUGCAGGUGGGAAAAUUGGAAAUUUUCAGAAUUUCACGAAUUUCUCAUUUUUCAGUCACGCCAAGGCGACUUUGCCGAGCAAGUUUGCGUUCCGGUGAGCCAGAAUAAGCUCGGAAGUGACUGGUUCAAUAUGCGAAUCGAUGAAAUCGGCGAAAUUGCGGCGCAUUUAAAGGCGCACGUCAAAUCCUAUCCACCGUUUUCAAAAUUGACUGUGGAAUUUGUGUUGUACACGGCGGAGGGCAAGUUUUUGCCGUUGGAAGCAUGGUGAGUCGGUCUUGGGACGAAAAAAGUGGAUUUUUAGCGGGAAAUUUGGUUUUGACACGAAAAAACACGUAUUUUUAGAAGGAAAUUAUAAUUUUCAUUGAAAAAAUGGUCCUAACACGAAAACCCUCGAUUUUUGCCGCCAAAAUCUCUGAAUUCAAAUUUUUUCCAGGAUUCUGCGAGUUGAGGAAAACGAAAUCGAUGAUCGCAUAAAUUUGGACAGUCAAUAUCACAGUUUGAGUGUGCUUUUGAGGUAAUUUCUUGAAUUUGACACCGAAAUUUCAGAGUUUGAGCUGAAAAUUUCAGAUCUGUCAAUGUGGCGGCCAGAAUGACACCAAUGCACAGAUUAUAUGUGAAAAAACAAAAUUCGGACAGUUUUAUUGUGAUGUACCGAGUGAGUUUUUGAAAAAAAAUCCAAGUUUUCAUGCCAAAAAUCCGCCUGCUAGCUACAGUACCCAAAGUUUUCUUCAGCUCUACACAACCGACGGAAUUUCGGAUAUGGGUCCAAAUGCUCGAAGUCGUCAAUUGGCCAGACUUCCCUCGAUUUUCGGUACCGUAUACCUCGAUUUGAUCUACCGUACUUCGAUGCAUUUUGAUGAGGCGGAAAAAGAGGAGGAAGAGUAAGCCACGCCCCUUUUCUACAAUUUUGCGGUAUGAUUUUUCAAUUUUGUUUUUCAGACAAAAUGAAAAUUUUCCCGGAAAGCCGACGCUAAAAGAUUGUGAACCAGUUUUGCCGCAUAAAGGUAAGUAAGGGAUUCUUGAUGCCAAACUCCAUACAGUACCCUACAGUACUCCAAUUGUUUCCAGUAAAAUCCGAACCUGAAUUAUCGAAAAAAUUGGCAACAAGUCCGUCAAGUCCCGAGUGUAGUUCUCUCGGAGAAACGCCACGAUUCGGAAUGGGAACCAGUUUGAAAAAUGAGCAAGAGAAGAAGAAAUCCAUGGAUGAGGUGGGCUUUUCGGGCUAUUUUCAGGCCUAUCUAGGCCCCUCCUACGAAAUCUCUCAAUUAAUUUUUCUUCAGAUCGAUCUCCAAACAAUCUCCGAUUUUCCAUUCCGCGCACUUCUACAAUCGGCCUAUGCUACAAAAUCAGCUGAAAAUCUGGCCGAAAGUCCAUUUUCACCUGAAAGUCAUCAAAAUUCUGCUGCGGCUGCUGAAAUAUCAGCAAUUCCUGAAGAAAAUGAGGAGGAGGAGAAAGAGAAUGGGGGAAAUCGAUUACAGAAAAGCGAGGAUUCGUUUAUUGAGGUUAGUUUGGCGCCAAAAAUGCCACGUGGCACGGUUAUUUCAUAAAAAACCAGCGAAACCCACAAAAAAUAAAAACAAAACAACGAGACUCCGCAAUCCCACAUGUCUUGCUAAUAUUCAAAUACCGCGAUUGCGGAGUAUCGUUGUUACUUUUGUUUUCGCUGAAGAAUUUUGAGAACACUUGGAUUUUUGAGGUUUUUCGGUGAAGAAUAACCGAAAAAAGCACUUUCAAAAAACCCGAAAAUUUACUGUUUCAAAAAUUUGAUUAGAAAAAAAUCGGAAUAUUUUUAUUGAUAAGUUAGCGUUUCCUUCAGUAAACAAAAAUCGAAUUUUUCGGAUUACUGUGGCUUUUUUUGUGAAUUUUUUCGCUAAAAUAGUUUAAACAAUCGAUCUUAAAUAAUUUACCCAGUUUUAUUUGAUGUUUUUUGCAGCUCUGCGGAUUCGGCACCAGUUCCAGCAAUAUCGAGUUAGGCGAACUCAUCAAUUCUCUCAAAAUCGCUCCGGAUAUUCAAACUCACACUAUUUCGAAGGAACAAUUGGAAAAUGAGGUAGUUUUGGAGAUUUUCAGCCAAAAAAUGCUGAAAUUUCUUGCAGCUCGCCGCAUUUCAAAAACAACAAGACGAUUUUAAGGAUUUUGUGGAGAAAAUCAAUAAAAUCGAGGAUUUUUAA